AUGGCACACCGAGUCAACAAAAUCCUGCAGGUAUUCACCAAGGUCACAUUGUACAUGUCACGCUCGAACACGCCAACUUUGCCAUGGGCAAUCCCAAUGUAUGACUGCAUGGAAACAGCUUUGCAGUCAGCCACCUUGGACAAUAAUGUCAGCGGAAAACUGCAGCAAGCAUGUACAGUUGGGUUGCGAAAGCUUCACCAUUACUUUGACAUGGCUUGA